GUUACGACGUACGCGUUACGACAUGCACUGGUUGUUGGUACUCGAUGCAAAGUAAAUCCAGAUGCUUCAGAAUUGGCUUCAUCUCAUUAUAUCUGGUCGUGCAUAACACCCGAUAGUUGUUUUUGUGCAUGUUCCGUGUUCCGAAAUUUGUGUUUAGUUAUCAGUAAGGAUAUUUUUAUUCCAUAUGCAUGAACACUUGUGUCCUUUCAGUUCACUUCGCCAGCUUCCUGUUAUAGCAAUCUGUGGGGCCACCGGGACUGGCAAAUCAAAAUUAGCAAUAUGUCUCGCUAAUGUUUUUGGAGGUGAAGUUAUAAAUUUCGAUGCCCUUCAAUUGUAUAGUGGCAUAGAUAUCGCAACAAACAAAAUAUCACGUGAUGAGUGCUUAGGUAUCCCACACCAUCUUAUAGGAAUCUAUCCUCCGGAAUGCGGACACAAAUAUGAUGUUCAUUCAUAUCGAGACAUUUGUUUACCAUUGAUUGAUAAUAUAAGAAAUAUCAAGAAAAAGUUACCUAUUCUUGUUGGUGGAACUCAUUAUUAUUUGGAAGCCAUUUUAUGGCAAGACUUUUUAGCUUCAAAACAUACUAAUUUGGAUGCAACAGAUGAACUUGAUAGUGCAAUAUCUUUUGUGGAUUCAUCAGAAUGUUAUGAUCUCUUACGUACUCUAAAACCAAAUGUAGCUGCACAGUUACAUCCAAAUAAUGUUCGUAAAGUAAAAAGAGCACUUCUCGAUGCUUUGAAAACAUCUAUUCAGACUGAAACACAAAAUGAAUCAAAUGAGAAUAUAGAAAAUACAGAUUUAGAAAAACAAGUUUUAAAUCGAUCUAUUAAACCUCGAUAUCCUGGAGAUUCACUCAUAUUAUGGUUGGAUUGUGCUUCUGAUGUUUUGAAUACUCAAUUAAAUAAGCGAGUGGAUAAAAUGUUGGAUUCCGGGUUGGUUGAUGAGUUGGACACUUUUCUUAAUAAAGUGAAUGUUUCGCCGCCUGUAUUCAAUGAGAUGGAAACAUUUGAUGCAAAUGAAAAUGUCAAACAAACUCGAGUGGAAAAAUUAAAGAAUUUGUUUUCUGUAGAGUUGGAAACUGUGUCAGAUCCUAUGACCCGUCGUGGUCUACUUCAAAGUAUUGGAUUCAAAGAAUUUUCUGACUAUUUAGCCUUAUUACCAGAAGAACGUGAUACAGUGGAGGCAAGUAUUCUUCUGAAACGAGCAGUAAACAAUGUUAAGACAGCAACUCGACAGUAUGCACGUCGUCAGGUG